AUGGAAGUAGAGUCGGCGACGAAUUCGUCAUCCGAGGAGUCUAUUUUCCAUGAACAAACACGAAAAUUAUUCCGCUUAUGUGACACUAAGCACAUUGGACUAAUUGGGCAGUCAGAUCUUGAAACACUCGUUGACCUAAUCCCGCAAGACGAUCUUCACAAAAUUGCACGAUUUAUUGGUGACCAGAAAGUGAACGAGCAAGCAUUUUGUCGCAUUCUGAAAGCUAUCGUCAAUCAGUCACUCCAACAAAAUAUGGCCAAAAAUGAAGUUGAGAUUCCUUGCAUUCUUGAUAAAAGUCAAUAUUUGGAAGAGUCGAGUUUGGAGGAUGAAAUGCGGGAAAUUGAACAAAACAAAUCAUACCUGGAUGAUCCAUUGACCAAAAUUUUGAAGAAAGAGUUAGAAGAGAUUAAAAACUAUGAAGAUUUUCAAGUUAGAAAUGAACAAGUACUUGAUAACAUAAUCAUCAAAAAACCGCUGUAUCGUCCAAUUCAACCAGAGCAGAGUAUUCCAAAAGUAUCGUCAUUAGCUGAAGAACUGAAUGCAAUUGGAAAAAAAGUUCUACAAAAAGAAGAAAUUGAAGAGGAAGUUACACAACCGGAUCGAAUUUUCAAAGUCGUUUUUGUUGGUGAUUCGGCUGUUGGAAAAACUUGUUUUCUACAUAGAUUUUGUCACAACCGUUUCAAGCCUUUAUUCAACGCUACCAUUGGUGUUGAUUUCACUGUGAAAACUAUGAAAAUUCCACCAAAUAGAGCAAUUGCAAUGCAGUUAUGGGAUACAGCAGGGCAAGAAAGAUUCCGCUCAAUCACAAAACAAUAUUUCCGGAAGGCAGAUGGAGUUGUGCUAAUGUUUGAUGUAACGUCAGAACAGAGUUUUCUAAAUGUUAGAAAUUGGAUAGAUUCCGUGAGAGCUGGAGUUGACGAUGCAACUGUAAUGUGCCUGGUCGGAAAUAAAAUGGAUCUUUUUGGAAGUGACAUAGCUAGGAGUGCCGUUUAUCGAGCUGCUGAAAAAUUGGCUGUGGAAUUUAAAAUACCGUUUUUCGAAACAAGUGCGUACACUGGGUUUGGAAUUGACACUUGCAUGCGUCAGAUGGCAGAAAACCUUCAGCGGCGCGAAGACAACCAUUUAGAAGAAGCGUUGAAGUUGGACAUUAAUUCGAACUAUAAAAAAAGGAGCUGGUGCUGUAUUUGAUAUGAUUGGGGUUUCACUGUUUUAAAACAUGUUCGUAGCUGUCUAAGAAGACAAAACAAUUUUUCGCAUUUUAUGAUUUAAAGAUUUUUUCAAAACGA